GAGAAAGGUAAAAUACAACAUUUAACUAAUACUUGACAUAUAUAAUAUUCUGAAAUGUAAAGGUUUAUGUAACCAUCUUUGCCACAUUCCUGGCUUUGCUGGUGAAGUGAAGGUGUGAGAUGUAAAUCGAGUCAGAGCUGCUGCUUGUUCUCCUAAAAGAGGAAAAUCCGAACAGGCAGCAUCCUUUAUUAAGACGAUGAUUUCGAUGGUAGACUGUCCUCUGGUUCCGUUACUGUAUUUUCUGUGUCAGGUUCUUUGGAGGAAGAAGAAGAAGAAGAGAUGUUUGUUCUCAUCUGGGCGACUCUGCUUUUCUCUGUGAGAGUCAGUGAUGCUGAGACAGGUUCUUCAGUGUGGGGGAGAAAAAGUUGUCCGUUGACAGAUUACUGUAUCACUCUAGUUGAAGGAGAAAUAACAGCGGAGGCCGGACUCUGUGUCGUGAUACCAUGCUCCUUCACUGUUCCUGAGAAUAUCAAAGUCUUACAUAUAGUUUGGUUGAAAUGUAAAUCGACUGAAGGGAACUGUGGUGAUGGAGACAUGAUUUUCAACAGUAGCACCUCCAGCGAUCAGGUUCAGUCGGAGUUUAAAGGACGAGUGUCACUGCUGGAGUCUGAUGUGAGCCAGAAAAACUGCAGCAUCAUCGUCAAUGACCUGAAGGAGUCGGACUCUGGAACAUAUCAACUCAGAGUUGAAGCUUCACCGAGGAGAGGUUCAUAUAAUUUCCUCCAAAGAGCAACUGUCUCUGUUAAAGGUCUGAGUCAGAGGCCCACAGUGAUGAUUCCACCUCUGACGGAAGGACGGCUGACCAAACUGACCUGCACUGCUCCUGGUCUCUGCUCUGGAUCUGAACCUACAUUCACCUGGAGGUGGCGAGGAAGAGGAGAGAGCCACGCUGACCUCACAGGAAACAUCACGGCCUUCAAAACUGAGAACGUGGCUGAGUUCGCUAAGAGAAGCAGCUCGACUCUGUCCUUCUCCCCUUCAGCUGAACAUCACGGAACCAACAUCACCUGCACGGUCCUCUUCCAAGGACACGUGAGCACAGAGGAGACGGCGACUCUGAGUGUGAGCUGUGAGUAG